AUGUCCGGAGACAAAAACGAUUUUGAACAAAUUUUUACUUUCCGUCCGAAUCCCUCCAGGAAGUUUUCGUUUCUGGAAGAUAAGGAGACAGUUACUCUGUUGAUGAAAUGGUCCAUGCAUGGGAGGCUCUCGUCACAAACGUUCAUCUUUGACCAGAAAUUUCACCUUUACGAUUGCGAUAGGUUUGCGCUGUGCUUCUUCACAGACAGCAGUGUUUUAUCCAGUUUGAAGACAACGAUUGCCUGGGAAUCUCUCAGCAAACCAGUUACGUCAGUCAAUGUGGAGAUAGUACCUUGCACUAGGGUCUCCAUGGACUUAUUUGACCCCAUCUACACUUGUGGCAUUGUGGCGCCCUCAGGCCACAUCGCCAGAUGCUUCCACGAUUACUACCCGGACUAUGACAAACUCAGAGAGAUGCUACAGGAUGAGGACUCUGAGAACUAUCACGUACUGGGGAGCGCUGAGCGAGGGGAGUUCCUGUUCCGUCUAUUCAAGCACCUCUGCUUCGGAGGGACGUUGAAUCAGUAUGAAGAGACCGUCGAACCUUACAUAAGCGUCACCAAGAAAAUGUACAAAGAGCUCAUCAGUGUUCAAAAGGAUCCAGAAAACAAAAAGAUUGGUGUUGUCUCCACAGUGCUCAAAGUCCAUGUUUAUGAUGAGUCAGGCCAGUGCCACCCGGGGGAACGGGAAAACGAGCAGAUGUUUUCUUACCUCAUCGUGGACCCCUUCAAACGCCUCGUGACACUACUCUCCCACUCUCACGGUGUUGGAACCAUGUCCCUUUGA